GAUUGUUUGGUUAGGAGGAAAGUAUGAGAAAGCAUUUCCAACUGUCUAAGAUACAUUUCUUCUCUAUUUUCUCUCUUGAUCUAGUUUUCUCAAGAGGAUGUCUAGCAAUAUAGUUCAACCAUUACAACAACCAAGUGGUGAAGAAAGGGAAAAGCAAGGCAAGGCUUAUUGGGAUGAUAUUACAAUGGAUGCUUUUAUCAAAGUUUGUGUGAUUGAGACUGUGACUAGAAAUAGACCAAAUUGCCACUUUAGCCAGUUGGGAUGGAAAAUUGCGAUAAAAACCUUCAACAAUUUGACUGGAAGAAACUAUCAAUAUAGGCAACUUAAGAAUAAAUGGAGUUCUCUUAAAAAGGAUUGACAACUUUGGAAUACCUUGAUUGGAAAAGAGACUGACCUUGGGUGGGAUCCUAUGAGACAAAUCAUCAAUGCAAGCAAUGAAUGGUGGGAAAAGAAAUUGAAGAGAAUCCUGAAAAACUAUAGGCCGUUUUGAAGAAUAGAUUGAGAAUGCUACGAGAAAUGCAUAGUUUUCCUCUUGAAAAACAAGGUUGCUUCCACUUAAUGAAGAAGAUAGUAGAAUGGAUUCACUUGUUGAGGAAGAUGGUUCACAUCAUACAAGAGAAAUGGUAGAAGAACACGAUCGAAUUGCAAAUCUUCUUAUAUCUCAUUGAUGUUUGAUUAUGACUCUAAUAUGAGAUGUCUAAGGCCCAAGUAUUCCUCCAAUGCCUCGUGCUCCUCCUAUGUGCAGAGCUCUUCCAUUUCGCACUUGCUGAUGUUGGCGUGGCAGCCCAAUACAGACCCCCAUAUCUACCCACAGCCUGUCUGCUCAGGAGAUACUGGCACAGCAGGCCAAUAUGCUCCCCCAUAUCUGCCAACUGCCUGCUAUGGCAACGAUGUGUCUAAGUUCCCAUCAAGCAACUUAUUCGCGUCAGCCGGAGAUGGGCUAUGGGACAAUGGGGCAGCGUGCGGCAGGCAGUACUUUGUCAGGUGCUUGAGCGCACAAACUCCAGGGACAUGCAAAGCUGGUCAGAUCAUAAAAGUGAAGAUAGUUGAUAGAGCCUCUAGGAAUGGAGUGAUGCUUGUUCUUUCUACUAUUGCAUUUGGGGCUAUUGCUAAUCCUUCUGCCGCUUUGGUUAACAUAGAGUUUACCGAGGUGUCAAUGCGGAUCUACGUCUCUGAGGGAGGUUUCUUUCUGCUAGUGAGGUUUCCAUUCUACGUUUCUCUUGUCCACUGCAAACUCUAAGCAAAAGCGACUUUUGAAUUUCGAUAAAGAUCCAGGCCAAUGGCUAGCCGUAAAGCACCUAAAUGCCAACCCACCAGAUUCAGUGUUUUUUUUUGGCCUAUACGCCCCGAUAGAAAGGUACUUUCUCUCUCGUUUUGGCCUAUACAUUUUGCUUGGUUGUUAGUUUUAAUGCUUCUUGUGCUAGAUGAAUUCAUUCUCUACAUAAAAUGGUUAUACAUGUGAAUGGUUACAUACUACACACACACUCAAGGUUUUAUGGCACCAUAUCAUAAUGUACGCAAUUAGUUGAAUGAUUUUCGUAGUGAUGGUGAAGCUGGAGGAAAAGAGGAGAUACUCAACCAAUGUCAUGCAAGAUUAAGAAAUGUCAUUGAACGUGCUUUUGGUGUUGUUAAGGCGUGUUUCCCACUAUUGAAGAGAAUGACACCUUAUUCGUUUACUACUCAAACAAAAUUUAUCAUGACAUGCUUCUCCAUUCACAAUUUUCUUCGACAAAUCUCAGUUGCGGAUAGAUUAUUUUCUGAAUAUGAAGUGGAAUUGGAGAGUAACAAUGCAAAUCAAAAUCAAAACUCAACUACAAGCAGUUUUUUUGCAGCAUCUGAUCAAGAAUUCAUGCAAUAGUUUCGAGACCAAAUCGCAAAUGAAUUCUUUCAAGUAUUUAAUUAACUUGUCAUUUUUAGCUUUUUACCAUCGUAAGAAAUGCAAUGUUUAGAUAUUAGCUUAUAAUGUGAUGUCUUUGGAUAUUUGAAACUAUGUACUUGAAUUGUUAUGUUUUUUCUUUAAUUUGAUUUGGGUUUUAUCAA